UUUCGUUGCGACGUUUUAGGGAGAUCCGCCACCGCGCCAACCGCGUGGAUUCUUGAAAAUGGCCUGAGGGCUACGGUGAACGAUCGGUGAGAAACGCGUGCAAAUUUUGGUGGUCUGACUUUCAACUCAGCUUUUUAGUUAAGGUAGAAUUUUGAAUUCUGUGAGUCGGUGCUUCUGAUACGAUUUGGUACAUUUUGUCUAAGUUUGAGGCACCUUAUCUUAUGUGAUUCUUAGGCACAAUAAUUUGUAUUCAAACUUCGUUCAGACGGAGAGAAACUGCUAUUGUGAUUCACAGUUUUAGUGAUUCGAAAAUUUUCUAAAUUCGAAUCCUUACUUAAACACUCUUUGGCCAUAUGCAACGCGUUCCAUAUGGAUUUCAUACUCUGUUAUUUAGGAAACCUUUGGCAAAGGUGCCAAUUUCUAAAUCCUACUUUCACAUCUAUCGCAAUGUGUAGGAAGACGAACAUUUACAGAUUUCGCUGAUUAACGAAAUUAUGAGGAAAGUGCAUUCUAGAGCUACAGAUGUUUCAAGGCUAAAAAUGGGGGUAUGCUGCAUCUCAUGGAUCUCAGAAUAUUGAUGAAGUCUAAAAUAUCCUGGGUUUCUGAACCUUAGCAUGUUAUAGAUUCAUGAAUUUUAGAGUAUCAUAGAUUCAUGGAAUUUUAGAUACGAGGUUCUUAGAUUGCAGACUAUCUUGGAUGUUAGAAUAUUCAUUUCUGAAUUUCUGCAUCUUUGAAUCUUAGAUUGAGGACUGUCUAGGAUCUUGGAAUAUUUAUUCUUAGUAUGUCUUUGAAUCCUAGAUUGCAGACUAUGGAAUAUCAUCCAUUCCUGAAUUUGUACGUCUCUGAGUCCUAAACUUCAGACUAUCCAGAACCUUACACUAUCAAAGAGUUCUAAAUCCUUAGAGUAUAGAAUUCUAGAUUUCAAACUCUCUUGAAUCUCAGUUAAUCCUAAAUUCCUGAAUCAUAUGUUUUACAUCCCUGAAACCUUAAACCCCAGAACCCAGACAGACUAUCUUGGAUCUUAGAUUAUCCUACAUUCCUCAAGUUUAAAAUGUCCCAUAUUCCUGAAUUCUUAGAUCCUAGAAUCCAAGACUAAUCCGGGAAUAUUUAAGACUACCUUGGAUCUCAAAGUAUCCUAGAUUUGAAUCUGAAAAUAUUCUGCAUCCUCAAACCUUAGAAUCCAAAAGGAUUGAUCCUAGAAUCCAAAGCUUCAGACCAUCUUGAUCUCAAAAUACCCCAAACCCACAAAUCUCUAAAUCCCACAAUUUCAACCUCCCUAUCCCAAACCUAUAUUCAUCCAUCUUUAACCCAUAAAUUUUAUUUAUCUUUACACAACUACAAAAGUUACCCGUUCACCAAAUUCAAAGCCACCAAUAUCCGCGACAUCGAGGUUGCGGGUGGCGGGUCACCCGAGGCUCUUCUCUCACAGGAGCAAAUUCAUAAAAUUCGUACGAUACAUUCUAUUUUACCAAUAUGCCCUCGUACAAUGAAUACUCAGCCAGCACAUACAACAGCACUCAACCAAGUUGAUUUUCAGUGGCGAGUACACGAAGGCGAUGAACAAGGACUGGCACAGCGGCCACUUCUGUUGCUGGCAGUGCGACGAGUCUUUGACCGGGCAACGUUACGUGCUCAGGGACGAGCAUCCUUACUGCAUCAAGUGCUACGAGAACGUGUUCGCGAAUGGCUGCGAGGAGUGCAACAAAAUCAUUGGUAUCGACUCGAAGGAUUUGUCGUACAAGGAUAAGCAUUGGCACGAGGCCUGCUUCCUCUGCAACAGGUGCAGAGUGUCCUUGGUGGACAAACAGUUCGGUAGCAAGGUGGACAAGAUCUACUGUGGCAACUGCUAUGACGCCCAAUUCGCCAGCCGUUGCGAUGGGUGCGGCGAGAUCUUCCGUGCCGGUACCAAGAAGAUGGAGUACAAGACCAGACAGUGGCACGAGAAAUGCUUCUGCUGCGUUGUGUGCAAGAACCCGAUCGGAACGAAGAGCUUCAUCCCGCGCGAGCAGGAAAUCUACUGUGCCGGAUGCUACGAGGACAAGUUUGCCACCCGAUGCGUCAAGUGUAACAAGAUUAUUACUAGCGGCGGUGUGACGUACAAGAACGAGCCGUGGCACAGAGAUUGCUUCACCUGCAGCAACUGCAAUCAAUCCCUGGCUGGCCAGCGAUUCACGUCUCGCGACGACAAGCCUUACUGUGCUGACUGUUUCGGAGAACUGUUCGCCAAGAGAUGCACUGCAUGCUCCAAACCAAUCACUGGUAUUGGCGGCACUCGCUUCAUCUCUUUCGAGGACAGACAUUGGCAUAACGACUGCUUCAUCUGCGCGGGUUGCAAGACCUCGUUGGUCGGCCACGGUUUCAUCACCGAUGGCGAGGACAUCAUCUGCCCCGAUUGCGCGAAGAUGAAGCUGAUGUAAGAAGCUGAACGAAGAGCAAAGAUCGAUCGAGCGAGGAGGAACGAGCGAGGAGAAAGAGGAAGAAUAUAGAAUACCCUCUUUGCUAGGAUCGCUCUUGGUUUUCGAGAGCAAUCAGAGGACUCCGCUUCGAGAAACCAUAGAAACGAACGAAAUUGUAUCUAUAUUAUCGAGAUAGAAAUUACCGUGUUUCUCUUUUAUUAUAUUCUCGAGAUAUAUACAGUUUGUUAAAGAACGCGCACCCGAAGCUUAUUUAGCAUUGUAUAAUUUCAACACAUGAAAAUAAUAAAUAAAUAUUGAUCACGUUAUAGGUGUGUAAUGUUAAGAGCGAGAGAUACCUGGUUUGACGCGUUCGAAUCUGCCGUAUGUUUCCGGCGAUAAAUUUAUAUUCUAAGAACGCUGAGAGAGAAAAUUACGAAUAAAUUAUUUAUGUAUAAAUAAUCGUACGGCAGACUCUGACGGGUUAAACGCAUCUGUACGAAGCAGAUUUUUAAUAUCGUUCCCGUUCGUUCCGAUGAGAAUCAUUAGAUUUUUAAGCGAACAGGAAAUGAAAUUAUACGUUGUUAAAUAACUUCCAACUGUGUACAGCUUGGAAACACGAUAAUUUUUCUCGGAAAAUGCUGCUCGACGAUCUCUUCGCAGACUAAUUUUCUCGGAGCAGAGAACGCGAGCAGACGCGGGGUAGCUUCGUAGUGUUUAAUGGACGUAGUCAUUUUUUUCGUUUCGACUUCGCAGCAAUUGCGAAACGCAGACGAAACGAAAAGAGCACGCCUUCAUCGAGAAUCAAAUCGCCUUAAUUUGUAAUUAACCGUCGUCGAGCUGUUACACCGUGUUAAAUUAGAAACGAAGCUGUCGUUACUGUUUUAUUUUUUCUUUCGCUUUGUACAAUGGUAGAGAAACGCGCGACGAUGGAAUUCACGCGAGCAAAUAAACGGAUAAAGAUGGAUCCUAUAUAUAUUCUUAUGGAACUAAAUUUGAUAUACGUACGAUAAUGUUAUUUUUAUUUAACUUAAACUCACACACACACGCGCGCGAGCGAAUAGUCAUACUUACACGAAACACGUGCCACUGCACGCUUCUUUCUCUCUCUAUCCUUUCCCUAUAUAAUUAGAAAUUAACCCCUUGCUUUGUAAUCUAUUUAAAUUUGCUAUUUAUUUAAAUAUUCAAGUGUCUUGUUUGAAAUUGUCGAUAUUUAAGGGCGUUUCGAGUACGACUGCGAACGCGUUCUUUUACGCGGGGAAUUUGAAAUAUUGUAUAGGUAGUAAUAGGCUGUUGCGGAAAAUUAUAGUGAAGUCUUGCUACACAGCUCUGAAGAGCGUUGAAAUAAUUUUUGAACUACUUCCGAAGUUCUCGAAUUUGCAAGACAGCACUUGUUACACUUUGUUUCGCUUUUCCCUCGUUUUACGUUAGAGUAGAUACACGGUAAAGUUCGAGUCGUAUAAGGCAGGGGGUUGAAACGAGGGGUUCGAGUGCACCUGUCGUUUACGCUCUGCAUUUUAAGAUCAAUUGUGACACAUUGUGUUUCAAUAGCAAUAAUUUGGAAUAUCUUUGAACCGUGCACACGAGCCCAGAACGUCACGCGACGUUGAAAGUCGUUUUUCUAUCAACCGUUCCUUGGUUUUUCUACGUCGACCACCACCUUGAAACGAGAAGAAAAACACGAACACAUACAUAUACACACACACAUAUGCCAGAGUGUGCAAACACGCACACGCGGACGAAACACUAAUUGUGGCCUUAUCCGCACGAGUACGUAGGAGUAAAAAGCAAACGCGAACUUACAAAAAUAAUUAUCGUUACUAUGGUACACGACAGGGAUUUAUUAGCCGUCUGUAAAAGGAGACGAGCGCGCGAAGUGGAUAAGAACGAGCGAGGAUGUACCUCUUUAUAGGGAUAAAACGAAUUUAAGAGAAAAAAUAUAUCCGCGAAGAACGAAUGUGAAAAUCAUCGUGACACGACCAAUAAUUACACGUGCUAUAUAUACAUAUAUAUAUAAUAUAUGUUCUUACCGAUCACUCACAUACUAAUCGCCUUAAUUAGUAAACGAUAAAAGAGCAGAGAUUAUUCUAUAUUCAGCGUAUCGUAUACACUGUUAUAUUGUAAAAUUGAUAAAUAAAUAAAUGUAAUUAUUUA